AAAUAUAACUUUGCUGCUCCUGUUCACACAACAGUUUCUAUUUGGUGGUCACAGCUUCAUCAUGACGACGAUAACUCUAGAGUUCCUACAAGAUCUGUUGAAAAAUGAUUAUCCUGAUGUUACUAUUGAAGAUUUUGAGGGUGCACCAGGAUCGAAGCGUGGAGAUAACUACACCUCAAUGGUAUAUCGCAUAACCUUGAAAGGUGUUCAAAAAUCUUUUGAAGGAAUGGAACCCUGGACUGGAUCUAUCAUAUAUAAAUGCCUCCCUGAAAGCAUUCUUCGAAGAGAAGCAUUUAAAAGCGACGAGUUAUUUUGCAACGAAGUAGCAUUUUACAAAAAAAUCUGGCCAAAAUUAUCGUCAUUUCAAGAUCAUUGGAAUUUAGCUCACCCAUUUAGAUCAAUACCAACAUGUUAUUUGGCACAAAAUGAUCUCGUCAUCCUUAAAGAUUUAAAGGAACAAGGGUUCGUAAUGCCGGAUAGGAGGCAAGGUUUGACGAUUGAACAGUGUUAUGUGGUAUUAAAAAAUCUGGCACAGUUUCAUGCAUUGUCUUUAGCAAUGAAGAGCUAUGACCCAGAGGGUUUCCACGAGUUACUGAAUGUUCAAGAUGGGAUUUCUGAAGUUUUCUUCUUGGUUGAAAACGAGAAUUAUUAUAAAAGUUACUACAUAGAAGCUGCAAGGAAUGCGAUCUCGAUGGUUGAACAGGAACUAGCGGACUGUGCAGAAAAGAAGAAAUAUUUAGAUAAGUUCGAGAGCUUCUGUAGUGAGGACACCUUCUUUCAAACCAUGGUGGAGAUGGUAUCGCCAAAGGAACCGCUGGCGGUUAUCUGUCACGGCGAUUGUUGGACUAAUAAUUUUCUAUUUCGAUACGUGAAUGAAGAUAUUGCAGAGAUGUUUAUUGUAGACUUCCAGCUGGCACGGUACGCGUCUCCCACCCUUGACUUGGCGUAUAUCGUCUACCUUUGUCUAGACAAACAGCAAAGGGCUGCGCAUAUGAGUUCUCUGAUAGAAUACUACACUGACGUACUCCACCGAAGAGUGACUGAAAUGUGUGACGGGGUGUACGGUAUAGACAGGAAUACGUUUUACGAUAUGAUAACAAAAGAAUUUCGCCAAUGUAGCCGCUUCGGUCUGGGCAUAGCGCUUGACAUGUACCCAAUUAUGACAUGUGACAGUGAUGAGGCACCCAAUCUCUACCAGAGUAAGGAGAGUGAAGUGACGCAAACCCACGAGGAGGUGAAACCGGUGUGGACGUCGAAUGCAAACUGCCGCCGGAAAAUGACCGACAUUGUCGUUGAAUUGGUUGACGCCGAACUGUUAUGAAGAUUGAUAGAUGUUUUACACACAUACACUAUAUACUAUUCAUGAUUGUUUUGUGAUUUAUCCGAUCAGUUUUACCCUUUUUUACCAAGUAUUUAUAACUUUUCGUCCUAAAGGAUGAACGAAAAAAAUGUGAUUGAAUAGGCCUUGGAAUAUUGUACCAAACCACAAAAACAUUUUCAAGUGACAAGGUUGAGUAAAUGUGGCAUUUGAACCUAGUCUGUCCCAGUUUUUUUUAUGGAAUAUAUAUACGUUUGUCCUCAUGGUGUUUUGUGAUCACCGCCUUCCAUCCUCUUUUGAAUUAGCAGACCAGCCUAGGACCGUUGUGAUGGUCCUGGGGUUGGGGAUUGAAGGUGGAUAUGUGCUCUUCUUAGCUUCCCAUAGUGUAAAAAUGUCCCAUUUGGGCAUUUUUUUUUUGACAUUGACAUAAUGUUAUACCAUACCAUCAUUUUAAUUUGUCAAAACGACUGUCACUGGUUAAAGCUGUUACUAGCUUACAGUUACAAAUGUUUGUAGAAAGAAUUUAUAGGUUUUCUGUGGUGAGAAAGGAAACCUUAUUUUUUAAUGUUUCAGUAAUAAAAGCCAUUGUUGGUGGUAUAAGAUUAUUGUAUUUCGUUUAGUAAUACAAUAAUAAUAAAAAAUGUGUGUUAAUCUUACAAUUACAGAACCGUGUUAUUAAUGACCAUAGAGUUCAAGAAAGCAGUGGAGAGCGCGUAUGCACUCAUAUCAAACAUAUGCAUUAUCUGUGUUGCUCAACGCACGAAUUGUGAAUUAGUUGCCAAACGUCACUCAACUGUCGACCAAUCAAAGCCGGCGAAGCUUACCUCAACCCCCCGCAACAAAAACGCUCUCCACGCGUUCUUGUAAUCCAUGUUAAUGAUACUAAAAUUUAAAUCUUACUGUGACUACAAUUUUAUUAUUUUUUGAAAAACUGUUUGUUCUGGCCACAAUAUUAUAAAGUACUAUGAAUUGUUUAUUAUAAUCACAAAACACAAUCUAAAAAGUCACAGUAAAACAUAAUAUGUCUAUUUAAAAUAUGUAAUAUAAUUAUUACUUUAUUAAAAAUUUAUAUAUUAUAUACAAUAGCGCCAUUUAUCUUAAUAAAUAAUAUAUAGUAAUAAAAGGUUUUAGUCAGAUCUAGAGUUAUUUAUUAAUGAUAAUAUCUACAGGCUUACUUUUAUCUUUAAGACACUGUAAUUUUGUUAUUUGUAUGAUAAUUUAAAUUAUAUGAAAUGAUUAUAAAGAUUACUUUAUAAUUUUUUUUUUAUUCACUGACAUAAUUUAUUGACAUUUUUUAAUUAUUUUCUCAAAUUUACAAAUGAAUGCCACCGAAUAAAAAAGAAACAAUAGUUUAUUGUUCGAAACAUAUCUCAGUCAAAGAAAAAUAUUUAAAGGAUAUUUUUAAAUAUUUCAAUUUAAAUUUGUUUAAAUAAAUUUAUAGUUAUUGCAAUUAUAAAUCUUUUUUACUGGUUUUAGUUAAGAUAAAAAUAAUCCUGUGUUGUUACAAUUGUUUGCCUCGGACGGAAGUCAAGUUUUAAAUAAAAAAUCGACUUGAAUUAAUAACCGUCUAAAUAUAAUCACUGGUACAAUUUAAUCUACUUAUAAGAUACCCGUACAAUUAUAAUGGUAUAGUAAAUACAAAAUUAAAAAAUA